AACAGGAGCUGUCCUCGUCUGGUGGUGCUGCUCUGAUUUCAUUGAUCGGCUGUACGUGCGAGAGGGUUUAUUUACGCGAUGGAAGAAGAACUUAAAUGUCCGGUUUGCGGUUCUUUCUUCAAGGAGCCCGUUAUUCUACCGUGCUCUCAUAAUGUCUGCCUGGCGUGCGCCCGAAACAUCAUCGUGCAAACCCCGGAGGGCGAGACCCCUCCUCAGAACCGAAGCUCCGGCAUCUCGGACUACGAUUACCUGGAUAUGGAUAAAAUGAGCAUGUACAGCGAGACGGACAGCGGCUACGGGUCAUACACGCCGUGCCUAAAAUCUCCCAACGGGGUGCGGGUGUUCCCCCCGACCCUGGUCCACCGCCACUGCUCCAUCACCUGCCCGCUCUGUCACCGCAGCGUGUCGCUGGACGAGCGGGGUCUCCGAGGACUCCAGCGCAACCGGCUGCUGGAGGCGAUCGUGUCCCGCUACCAGCAGAGCCGCGCCGCCUCCGUCAAAUGUCAGCUAUGCGACCGCAACCCGGUGGACGCCACGGUGAUGUGCGAGCAGUGCGACGUAUAUUACUGCGCUCCGUGCCAGCAGCGCUGUCAUCCUUCCCGCGGACCGCUGGCCAAGCACCGGCUGGUGCCGCCGACUCAAGCGCAGGCGGUGAGCGCGCAGCCGGCGGGCGCCUGCGCACGCAAACAGGCGACUUGCGUGGACCACGAAGCGGAGAACUACAGCAUGUACUGCGUCAGCUGCAAGACCCCCGUGUGCUACCAGUGUCUGGAGGAGGGCAGACACGCCAAACACGACGUGAAGCACCUGGCCGUCACGUGGAAACAACACAAGUGUCAGCUGUCCCAGGCGCUGAAUGGAGUGUCUGACAAAGCCAAGGAUGCCAAAGAGUUCCUAGUGCAACUGAAGAACCUGCUACAGCACAUACAGGAGAACGGGGUUGAGUUUGAGGCAUGUCUCGUGGCUCAGUGUGAUUCGUUGAUUGAAGCUUUGACUCGGCAGAAGGCCAAACUCCUCACCAAGGUCACCAAGGAGAAAGAGAGCAAACUGAAGACUGUGAAGGAUCAGAUAACCCACUGCACCAUGAAGCUCCGGCAGACCACAGGAAUGAUGGAAUUCUGUCUUGAGGUUAUUAAGGAGAACGAUCCCAGCGGAUUCCUACAGAUCUCGGAUGCAUUGAUAAAGCGUGUCCAGGGCUCUCAGGAUCAGUGGGUGAAAAGUGCGCUGGAGCCAAAGGUCUGCCCGGAAUUUGCCUUGAGUGUUAACACAGACCCCCUGAUGCAGACCAUCCUCCAACUGGACUUCACUCAGAGUAAAGAGACUCCCACGGUUCCCCCUGCCCCGCUGCUGCAGUUGGAAAAAUGUUGCACGCGGAACAACAGCGCCACCCUGGCUUGGAGGAUAACUACAGUCCAGGCCCUGUCGUUGGAAGGUUACGUGCUGGAGCUAGAUGACGGCAACGGUGGACCUUACCGGGAGGUAUAUGUGGGUAAAGAGACUGUCUGUACGGUUGACGGCCUUCAUUUCAACAGCUCGUACAACGCCCGUGUCAAAGCGUAUAACUCUGCCGGCGUGGGAUCCUACAGUAAAGUUGUAGUUCUGAAGACUUCUGACGUGGCGUGGUUCACCUUCGACCCCACAUCGGCUCACAGAGACAUCGUUCUGUCCAAUGAAAACCAGACGGUGACGUGUAACAGUUACGACGAUCGGGUUGUACUCGGAACGGCUGCCUUCUCCAAGGGUGUGCAUUACUGGGAACUCAGAGUGGAUCGCUAUGACAACCACCCUGACCCUGCGUUCGGUGUGGCACGGAUUAAUACGAUGAAGGACAUGAUGCUGGGAAAAGACGACAAGGCCUGGGCCAUGUAUGUGGACAACAAUCGCUCCUGGUUCAUGCACAACAACUCCCACACCAACAGGGCUGAAGGUGGCAUCACUAAAGGUUCGAGUGUAGGGAUUCUGUUAGACCUGACCAAACACACGUUGACCUUCUUCAUCAACAAACAGCAGCACAGACCCGUGGCUUUCGAGAAUCUGGAGGGCGUGUUCAUGCCUGCAGUCAGUAUUAACCGCAAUGUUCAGGUGACUCUGCUCACAGGUCUGGAGCUCCCGAAGAACAUCAUGUGAUCAUGUCUGACCAAUCAGAAUGAGCGAGACCUUCUGCAUCAAACGGCACAGUAAAUGUUCUCCAGCGCUGAGCUGACAUAUAAAGCUGAUAAAACUUUACUGGGAUAAAUAAUCAGACUUUUUUCCUGAAUAUUUAAUCUCUUUCUCUCGUGGUCGUGUCAGUGAUUUGCAUAUCAGUGUUUGCAAAUCAUCCCCAUGUUUACAGAUGAACAAACCGCAGGAUGUCCCGAUGGGGGGGGGGGGGGCGAUGCUGGAGUCACAGCCCAGAGCACAAACGCUUUCAAGCUUUAAGAGUUCUGCCUCAUACCUCAAAGAAAAUCUAAAGUAAGAUGAACCUAGUUUGAAAAAUGCUAUUUAAAUCAUUAAAACUAACAUAUCAGGCAUUUCAUGUGUUUGCAGCUGGAAUAAAUUUGGGUGGGGUAAAUAAAUUUCUCUCGUGUUCCUGUCAGUAAUUUACAUUUCACUGUUUACAAAUGAUUCCCGUGUUUACAGACUAUUAAAAUCAUUCAAAUCAGGCAUUUAUUAUCCCGGGAAGGGGAAUUAAAAUAAGGAACAACUGCGAGGUCGACAUUUUGAAGGAUGGUUUCAGGUCAGUUGCUCACGAGAUACAUUUCUCAGGUUUACUCACAGUUUGAGAAUUGGCCUCAACAUUUGGGCUUGAAUAUAUCCUGGACAACCCCAAACUCAUGUUUAAAAAACCAGUGAUGACGUUUACAGUAAAUCCACAAAUUCUGAUCUUCAUAGGAUGAUGUUUGGAGGAAAUACAGUAGGUAUUUACCAUAAAACAGAUUUUUCACAUAAAAGGAUGUUUUUCAUGUUUUUUCUGGCAUUUUUUUACCGUAUUUCACUGAAUAUAAACACACAUAAAAAGAGAUUUUCUGGCAGCAGGGCUU